UCUCGAAAUCUGCACCAUUGAAACAAGCAAGAAGUGAAAGCCAUUUCGUGCCAUCCUUGUUGACGGUUUGAAGACUUCCUCUGGUCUCAUCGCGAACCAUCUCCACAUUUUCAUCCGAUUCGCUGAUUCUGACAGCAUCGACAAGCCUCCGCCUCGGUGUCCAGCAGUCGGUCUGCAAGGGGGCAGACACGAAGGGUGAACCGUCUGCGCUGACAGAGUUUCUUCUACUAAACCUUCUUGUAUGCACGCAUUCUCAUUCUCAGAAUCGGUCCGCAGCAAUAAUCAUAAUCGGGAAAUUAAUUGUCGUUCUUUCAACUAUCGAAUCCGCUGCAAAUCGAGGGUUAGACAUCGAACUGUUGAACACCAAUCGCGACGAGAUUGGCUGGAAACUAGUCGCGCGGGCCUUUUCCAAGGAGACCUGGUCCAAGGACGAAAUAAACAAACACGAAACAUUACUCAAUGUCUUCCAACAACUAUACCUUCACUCCUAGACGAUCCCUUGCACGACCUCGGCCUUCCUUAAUAAACGGCAUCAACACUGCGUCUAGUCCCAAUCUCGGAGCGUCUUACAACUCGUUACAACCACCGGCGCUGCCCGGCAGCAGAAACGCGCUUUCUCGCAAGUCGUCCCUAAGCGCACUCACGUCUGGUUCUCUCGCAACCAUCCCCGAUGCCAGCGCAGGAUACGGACUGAGUACGGUGCUGGACGAGGAUUCUUCAAUUUAUCGAAAAAUGCCACCAUACACGCCUUCCCGCGGAGGAGAUGGCGACGAUCUCGAGGUCGGCGACUUGGUCGAUGUGCCCGGCAGCAUGCACGGAACGGUCAAAUUUAUAGGCAGCGUACAAGGCAAGAAAGGAACAUUUGCCGGCGUGGAACUAAGUGAAGAGUAUGCUGCACGAGGCAAAAAUAAUGGCGACGUCGAUGGGGUAUCAUACUUCACGACCUCGAUCCACGGAGCUGGUAUCUUUCUACCGAUCAACAGAGCUACAAGACGUGGUUCUCCUUCGUCGCAAGAAGGCUCAUUCCCUAUCACGCCUACCACGCCCUCAGUCGGUGGAAAUUUCAAAGUCGCAGGACAUGGCUCAAGCGCAUACACCCCGCCGACUCCAUCUCUACCAAAAUUCAGUCAGUCUGUUGGUCCAGGCAGAGCACCAAGUCCUCAGUUCAAGAAGUCAAGGCCUUCCCUACCUCGACCAGAAUCUCCCGUAAGAAAGACUCAAAUUGGUUCACGGCCGUCUAUUGGCACACCUGUACCGAAAACUCCUGCGCGUUACGGGAGUCCAGCGCCUGGGAAGUUUGGGCAAAGUGUCAGAGGCACACAAGAUUCGAGGGACCCAAGCAAGAAGAUUGGAUAUACACCAAAAAAUGGCAUGAAGGUUGGGCCCCGAAGCGCAUCUGCCCUCGGCCAAGCUCCUAUGAAUUACAGCGACGAUGAUAAUACGCCGGUUGGAAUAGCUCGGACCGCUACCAAUGGAAGCAUUGGAUCGGUCUCAUCGUUCAAUACGAAAAUGCGGCCAGCCUCUAGAGCAACUUCUCGAGCGAACGAUGACGAGAUUGAACGACUGCGAGGUCAAUUAGAGGAACGCGAUAGACAGCUCAAAGAGCAAGCUUCGAGUUUGGCAGAGAUGGAGAAUAGUCUGGUAGAAGUCCAGACACUAAUGGGUAGCACGGAUAUUGGAGGCAGGCAUAAUAAGGGAAGCAUGGAGGAUAAGGACGCAACACAAUUACGGGCUGUAUUGCGAGAGAAGAAUGAGAAAAUAGCUAUGUUGACGGCCGAAUUUGAUGCCCAUCGAGCCGACUUCAGGAGUACGAUCGAUACCUUGGAACUGGCCAGCACAGAGACAGAGCGCGUGUACGAGAAGCGAGUAGAGGACCUUCUACAGGAAGUCAGGGAGCUACAAGAACGCGGCGAAGACGUCGACAGUGUAGCACGACAACUCAAGCAAUUGGAAGAGCUCGUCCAGGAGCUAGAAGAAGGUUUAGAGGAUGCUAGACGAGGAGAAGCCGAGGCUCGUGGCGAGGUGGAGUUUCUACGAGGAGAAGUCGAAAGAACUCGAUCAGAACUCCGUCGUGAACGGGAGAAAGCUGCUGCUGUCAUGAAUGGAAACGGUACUAACGGCGAUGCUGGAUCCUUGUCCAAGGAAGUCGAGCAACGAGACGAUGAGAUCAGAGGUCUCAAAGCCAUUAUCCAUUCCUUGAGCCGUGACGCUGUACCGGAUGUGGGAAGUCCAGGCUCGGACACUCAGAAGACACCAACCCAACGACAAGGUAGCUUUUCACGACGUAAACCAAGUAACGGCAUCGAUUCCAUAGAGGACCGAAUUGCACGGGAGAAGCUUGAGCGUGAAGUUUCAGAGCUUCGAGCUAUCGUCGAAUCCAAAGUCAAUCGAGAAGAUGAGCUCGAGCGCGAGGUGGAAAGAUUACGCAGAGGCAGUGUGAUGGCUGCUCCAAAUCGCGCUAGUGCUAUGAGUACUGGAACCGUGACACAGGAGCGGUCUUCAGUUCGAGACUCGAAAGGUACUAUUGUCAGCUGGCGUGAUCGGGAGCUACGUGCUUCGCCUGAAAACCAUAGAAGAGGCAACACUCUGGAAACCAUGCCAGAAAGUGAUACCUAUUCUUCUGCCGCGGAGAGCUUCUGUGAGCUUUGCGAGACUGCUGGACAUGACAUCCUCACAUGUACAAAUAUGUUCACGCCAAAUGGAGGUGCCCCGAAGGAUGCGUCUCAUUUAAGGACAGGGAAGGAUGUCGUGAAAGCAGGAUUGUCACCAAAGCUAUCUCACGAGGAAUAUACACCUGCUCCUCUCUCGCCUGUCAAGCACAAAGCCCCUGAGAAGUCUCUUCCUUCACCUCCAGCACCCGUCCGAAUCAUCCCGAACCCAAUGGAGUCGGGACCUGUUGCCGGAAAGGAAAGUGGAGUGGUGAACAUGGAUAAAUGGUGCGGAGUAUGUGAGCGCGAAGGACAUGAUAGUAUUGAUUGUCCAUUUGAGGAUGCAUUCUAAGAGGAGGUGGUCUUAUCUGAUCACUGGAUACUGACCCCUUCAUUGGUUUAUAAUAUUUGGCAUUGCGUGGUUGUUUCUAGCAAAGCGAUGAUACCAUUCCUUAGUCUUUUCAAAUAUUCUGUUCUAGGGAGGUCGGAUUAAAGAGAUGAGAAGACUGACUUCUAAGAGUCUAUUAACGGUUGGAUUGGGACGGACGUCACGAUUCAUGUAAAUAUAAUCAGUAAUUGAUGAGUAGUGGUUUGAUGAUGCUACAGACGAU